AUGAAUCCUACAAAUGGCUAGCAGACACCUGUCAUCCGGGCAUAUCUUUAAUUCCCGUGUCAAGCGAGAAGAAACGAGACAACAUUACUGAUGUGAAAUGCUGGAACUCUUUGCAUUUUCUUGAAAGACUGACGGGCAGACAGGACGAUGAACCCGUCUGGAAGUAGCAUUCCUGUGGUGAAGGAAGGAUAUUUAAUGAAAAGAGGAGAACAUAUAAAAAAUUGGAGAAAAAGAUAUUUUAUUUUAAGAAAAGAUGGUUCCUUUCUAGGCUUCAGGGCAAAGCCUGAACAAGGAUUUAAUGACCCACUUAAUGAUUUUACUGUUAGAGAUUGUCAGUUAAUGAGACAAGAACGUCCAAAGGCCAAUACGUUUAUAAUCCGAGGAUUACAAUGGACAACAGUGGUAGAGAGGAUGUUCUGUGUAGAAUCUCAGGAGGAGAGAGAAGAGUGGAUAGCAGCUAUCAAUUCUAUCUCAGAUGAGUUGAAAAACUCGGAUGAAGGAGCAGAGGGACCAUCACUUUUUGACAAAUCAAAGAAAAAAGUGUCAUUAGAUGACUUUGAGUUUUUGAAAGUACUAGGAAAAGGAACAUUUGGAAAAGUCAUCCUUUGUAAAGAGAAGGUGACAGGUCAUCUAUUAGCAAUCAAAAUAUUAAAGAAGCAAGUAAUCAUUCAAAAGGAUGAAGUUGCACAUACUUUGACUGAAAACAGAGUAUUACAGACAACAAAACAUCCAUUCUUAACACAAUUGAAGUACUCAUUCCAGACGACAGAUAGGUUAUGUUUUGUUAUGGAGUAUGUAAAUGGUGGUGAACUUUUCUUUCAUUUAUCACGAGAACGUGUGUUUUCAGAAGAAAGAACAAAAUUUUAUGGUGCAGAAAUAAUUUCAGCAUUAGGAUAUUUACAUGAAAAUAAUAUUGUUUAUAGAGAUCUGAAGUUAGAAAAUUUGUUGUUAGAUAAAGAUGGACAUAUCAAAAUAGCUGAUUUUGGACUUUGUAAAGAAGAAAUGUUUUAUGGAGCUAGUACGAAAACAUUUUGUGGCACUCCAGAGUAUUUGGCACCUGAAGUUUUAGAAGACAAUGAUUAUGGUCGAGCAGUAGAUUGGUGGGGCACAGGUGUAGUUAUGUAUGAAAUGAUGUGUGGACGUUUACCUUUUUACAAUCGUGAUCAUGAUGUUUUAUUUGAACUUAUAUUACUACAAUCAGUGCGGUUUCCCAGGACAUUGUCAGAAGAUGCCAAGAGUCUUCUGGAAGGGUUUUUAAAGAAAAAUCCACAUGAAAGACUUGGAGGUAGUGAGCAGGAUGUCAAAGAAAUAAUAGCACAUCCAUUCUUUAAAACAGUCAACUGGCAGGACUUAAUUGAGAAGAAGAUAACACCACCUUGGAAGCCUGACGUCAAAAAUGACUAUGAUACAAAAUACAUACCUGAUGAGUUUGCCCAGGUUCCUCUGUCCUUGACACCUAACUCUAAAGAAAGUCAUGUAGAGCUCAGUUCCAUAGCAGAGGAAAGUGAACUUCCUUACUUUGAACAAUUCUCAUACCACGGAUCAAGAGCUGGUAUGGGAGAAAGCUACCUCCAAUCACAUGUAAAUGAUGGGGAAAUUUUCUAGCACAUAUGAAAUGCAAUAAUAGAAAUGAGGUUGUCUCUAUUGUGUAGAUAUAUCAUGUCUUUCAGUAUUGUAUAACUGUCAUCAUCAAUUAUUUAUCAUUGAAUUCUUAAAAAGAGGCUGAUUCAAAGAUGUAUUUUGCAUCCUAGCCUCAACUAUGUAUAGUGUUCUGUGGAUUGAGUGAUAUUCUUGGGUACCUAUUUUGUGAAUUGAGAAAAAAAUUGCAUAUUUGUGGAUACAUGUAUUUGAUUUGAUGGUUUCGACAAUGUCUGCAUACAAGCCUCUAGAAAACUUGUACUUAGUGGAAUAUUUAAAUUCACAGUGUAUCCACAAAAGUUGGUAUCCCACAAAAAAUAAUUAAUUCAGUGUUAUCCACAAAGGUUGGUAUCCCAAAAAAUAAUUAAUCCACAGUAUUAGGGAUAUUAUUCAUUUAUUAAACACCUAAGAAUAUCUAGCAGCAAAAUUUUAGUAUGAUAGUAAAUGUUGCUGACAUUAAAGAAUACAAAAUCUAAAGCCCAAACAUGUACUUCAAUCUUGUUGCAAUAUUAGCCCUUUUUAGAAAGAUUGAUGUAACAUUCCAAAUAUGGGAUCUUUAAAGAAAAUAAAUUCAAAGGGUGCCUUUUAUGCCAAAAAAAAAGUGCAUUUUAUUCUGCCCAGCAAUUGGCAAUUUAUUAUUUCCCUUAAUUUCAAAAUUUUGCAUUUCAAGUUCCUCAGAUUUAAUGUUUUUUUUCCUAGAUAUAUAAAAUAUGAAAUUGAAUUAUAGAAGUGCUUACAGCCUGUGUAUGCAUAAUCAUUUUUUUGGACCUACUGUAUAAUUCCAAUAAAAUGUUGAUUAAGUUCAGAUGACUUACUUAAUCUUUUAAUGAUGUUUCAAACUAUUUUAAAUAUAAAACUUUUCAAUAAAAUUUUGUUGGAAAAAGAAUUUCAAUAGGUUGAAUUUUAUUUUAUUUCCGACAUUCUCUGUUGAUGAAUCAAACACUGGGAAAAACCUUCCUUGAAACAAAAACAAAUGUUAUACCUUUCUAAUGCAUCAAGUAAAUUUCUCUUUUGCCUUCCAGCAAAUUCAUUUGGAUAAUAAAACUCUUUUUCUUGUUGAGAAUUUAUAUGAGAAGCAGUACUUUUCAUUAAAUUGAUGACAAAAUAUUCAGAUUUUUUUUUUCUUUCUAUCUAUUUCAACACUGAUAAUGGAUUUUUGUCCAAGCAAGUUAAAUUAUUUCAAUUAAAAAAAAAUCUUUGACUCAAGAAUGUAAAGUUAAACUAAUACAACCAAAGAAUGUAUAACAAUGAAAAAAAUAAUUUUAUUAAGUCAGAUUCACAGAGAAUCAUGUGAUUAUUAUAUAAUACAUUUUUAUCUUUAUCUUUGAUCCAUGAACAUUGAAAAGAUUUAUUUUUAAAAUGUAUGAAACUAGAAAAACAUAGGAUAUCAACACUGACAAGUAUGGAAUCAAUGCAACGAAAAAAAGAUAGAAAUUGUCCUAUAAAAUACAGAAAAAAAUAUAUCCUUAAAAAAAAUUAAAUGUUGAAUAAGUUUUGGAAAUGAUUUGUUUGUUGUAUCAUUAAAGUAAUGUUCUAAUUGCUUCAUUAAUCAUAUCCCAAUAUUACUUUUGGUGAUAUUUAGUUUAUGUCUAUUUCUAUUGUACAAAUGAGAAAGUGCUACAGAUAUAACUAAUUUUAUCCAGUAUUUUAGAUGUAAGUCUUUAAUGGUGUAAAUGACAAUAUAAUGUAUUGUAUUUAUCUUUGUUUGCUGUUGUAGUGAAAUAUUUUUAUAUAUUUGUGUACAAAAGAUAUUUUUAUUGCUGUCUCUAGCCUAUGACAGUGUGGCCAAUUGGUUCUUUUUUAUUACAUGUACAUAUAGAAAUAUAAUGGCUUGAGCUAUAAUAAACUGGUAUAUAUUUCUCCACAUUUCGGUAUAGACCUUUUUUACAGCUAAAUUUUUAAUCUGAUAUUAUCAAUAUUGUCUCACAUUUUAACUUCACAAAAAUAUGGUAGUGACAUUUGUAAGCAUCACAAAUAAAAAAUUAAAAACAAACAUUUUUUGCGGACCUUGAUCUAGUGGCCUUGUGAGCUAUUGCCAUCACUUGGUGUCUAUCAUUUUUGUUUUAUGUCCUCUUCAUUCAUUUUUUCAAAGGCCUCUUCUGAAACUACCGGUACUGAACAAAUUUCAUUGGAUAAAUCCCUUUAGGAGUUAUUGUUCUGAAAUAAGAACUUUUAUUAAUAUAUGAUGAUGAGUUUAUUCCUAUAACUAUUAUAGAUCAGCAGAAACUAGAUACAGCAGCAAACAUAAUGGGCAAUUCAAGACCUAUAAUAAUUCCUAUGUCCUAAAUAUUGAAUGACUUCUUAAAGGGGUUAUUGCCCUUAACUGAUGAAUUUUGACUAAUAUACAAGUUUUACCUAUUAACUUGAAAACUAUAAUAGAUAAGUAACUUUGAAUGGAAAAAUGUUAUAGAAGCUAUAAAAAAGAGGCACCAUUGGCUCACAACUUAUUAUAUAAAAUUGUUUCCAAGUUGAGAGUUUUUGUCUAUUAACUCUAUUUUUGACAAGCAUAGCAAGUGAAUGAUUCAGGCUUUAAGAGCCUCUUGUUAAUGUGGUAUUUGAGCAGAAAAACUUCUUUUGCAGUGCAAAGAUGAAAAUUUAUUUGUUCAGUAAGGACAUUUGUUAACUGUUGUUGUAUAUUAUGUUUUCCGUGAAUUUAUAAUGAAUUAAACACCUGCAAGUAACAAUAUCAAUCGUUUUAAGAUUAAAUUGCUAUGCCACAAUCUGUUUUUAAGCAACUGAUUUCAUUUUGUGAAGGAAUAGCAUUAAAAGUAUUAUUUAAAGGUUGAUUUUAUAUCAUGAAGGAGAAAAAAAUUGCUCUCUAGAAAUUUUACAAUUAGAAUAUUCUAGAUAUUAGUGGUUUUACAUAUUUUGAUCACAUCUUUUACACUAAUGUACCUAAAAUCAGUUAUCAAUUGGAUUAUAUUCAUUUCUUUUCAUUUCUAAUCAUGACAACUCUUAAUUUAUUGACACACUAGAGUAUGAUCUCUUAUAAGCUACUCAUCAUACAUGUAAUUUGUAAAGUUCUGUGUAUAAAUUCAAUGUACCUCUUCUCCUUUGAAAGGUCAUAUUUAAAAUUCUAUAGAAACAUAUUGUUAUAUCACAAACAAAGCUUUAUACUGUCACAGGCAGCAUAUUACAGAUUUGUACAAUCAAUAGGAUUUGACAGCAGAUAGUGCAUAGUAACUUUUGUAUUUUAUAAAGGAUGAAUAUUAAUGAAUUAUGCUUUUGGUAAAAAAAAAAUUGAUUCAUGAAUUAGGAUUUCGACUUGAAUUAUAGUUUGAUUUUUUUUUAUAAGAGCUUUUCCUAUUAUGGAAAGCAAAGCUAAUUUGCUAUCAGAAAAAGCAAGAAAAAUACCUCAUACAAUUUUUUUUAAAUGCUUUUCAGAAUGGGUUUUAUGCAAUGAACUUGACAAGAUUUUGUAAGAUGAACAAGGUACAUUACAAGUGCUAUUUUCCCCUAACUAGACUAAAAGAUUUAUUUUUAUUUUAAAAAAUGUCUAUGUAUAUCUUAUUCAACUAUAAGACAGUGCUCAUCAAAAAUGUACCACCGUAAUAAAGUCACAAGGCAUAAACAAGCUACUGAUACUCUUUUUUUUGUGAAAAAACAUAUAUUUUUUAUUGAUUUUCAAAUUGUUCAGAUUUGUUAACAUAAGGACCAUUAAAAUAGUUUAUCUCUGACUAUAUAAACAAACAAUCUUUUAUAAAUUUACAGGAUUUUUCAUGUCUUGAUAUUUCAGAAAUUCAUGUAAAAGUCAAAACAAAUAACUUUUUUCAUCUUUUCAAAAAUAAAAAAUAUUUAUUGUUUUCCACCUUAAAAAUCUUAAUGACUAUUUCUAUUAUUUGUAAGGCCUUAGAGUCCAAUCCUUUAGAUACCCAUCAUUUGUUUUUCACCACAAAAUUAUAAAAAAAAAACAAAUAUGUAAUAAAAUUUUACACUUUUUUUAUUAGGUUUAUAAUAUAUUGAAGGACCAGGACUGAUAAAUCCAGUCUUAAGAUUAUUCACUUUGGGACAGUUUUGUAUUUUUAUUUCCUGUACAGUUUUGUAUUAAUUUUGAAUAUUCAAAGAAAGGAGGGAGCUUCAAUGGAAAUUUAAGUGUUUCCCUUUAUUUAAAGAGAAUUUUCAUUAUAGGGAACAAUCCUUGAGCCCCUAAAUCUUAUUUUGAUGGAAGAAUAUCAUGGCACUGCUAAUAAUUAGAAAUCCUGGAAAUAUCUGCAAAAAAAAUAUUGUUGUACAAAUUGUAUUGUAAUAUAUAUAUAUAUAUAUAUAUAGUAUGUAUGAUUGUUGAAGUUUUAUUAAGUAUAGGUUAUGUUGUUGAGAACAAACAGUGGGUUGUACAUUUCAUUUAGAUUAGGAAGACCCACCAUCAUUGUUAACAUGCUUUAUAGAACUGUCGGUAUACUAUAUUUUAUACAAAAUACAGAUUUAGAAAUCUUGAA